CGCAUCCAAAAUGGCGGCGCCUGCUCCCCGCGGCGGCGGCCGCUUCACACAUCGGUCGGGCGGGCGGCGCCGCGAGCGGGGGCUCGGCCCGGCCCUGCCACUGGCCGCCCGCCCCUUCCUCCCGGCGGCGGCGGGCGAGGCGGCCGCGCACGGGGUCCUCCCGUCCACAGGCAAACGGAACCGGCUCGGCUACCCUCGCACUGACGUGGAAACGGGCGCACCCGAACCCGCUGCCUGGUUACUGUGCCGACGGACAGCCCGCGGAGCCAACCCCCGUGCGGCGUGGCGGCCGGCUCGCCAGGCUGCCCAAUAGAAUCGCGGACCGAAGCCGGAGGAGGCGGGUUAUCCAGUGACAAGCCAAAGAGAACCAAUGGCGGCAGAGAAGAUAGAACUAGCAGGGCCACUGACCAAUCGUGAGGGAGCCAUGCCGCCGAGGGGCGUGGCCAAACGUGGACGGGGAGCAGCAAGGGCGGUUGAGAGGUAGCCGGAGGCGGGGCUACCCGCGCAGGGCAUUGUGGGUCGGGCCUCCCGCCGCGUUGCACCCGGGGCAGUGUGGGCCUCCGCCUCUCCCACCCUCUGGCCCCUCCCCGCCCCGCCCCGCCCUGCCUCCGGUCCCCCGCAGAAAGCUUACAGUUUAUAGCGAUGGCACCCGUGGGCGGGUCAGCGUGGAUGCUGCUGUGCUAGAUACUGGACUGGUCAGGGCAGCUGCCAGCCUACCCCCCAAACCUUAAUGCUGUACGUGUAGGAAAGCACAAACUGAAGGUGAAAGAGAGCAGAAGGGUCAAACCGCACUCGUCCGCUGUCAGACUUACAACUUCAUCCGCUGCAGCUUGGCUAAAGCAGUGAAGGACCUUAGACAAAAACCUAAACGUGCAACAAGAACCAGCCCAACCCAGCCGUGAGGUGGGCCCUAUCUCCACCAUCACAUACAGCCUGACGCUGUCACCUCCCUCCUCAGAGCACGGCCCGUGUUGGCAGGGAUGCUCUGGGGAUGGACACCCCAUCCUUCUCAGCCUGCAGGAGGGCCUGCCCAAGUGCUGUGUGACCAAGAAUCAGAGCAUCUGAGGCUGAGACCGCAGUUAUCUCCCAGCUGUGUCAUCCAGAGGUCAAGAUAUUUGCUCCAGCUGGUAUUUCCCUGAUAAUAGGCAGAGUUCAGAGCUGGAAGGUUAAGCUGUAAUUGCUGUAAGCGGCCACAUACAUUCCUCAAAAGUGGAACAAGAAACUGCGUGUUCUGGCAACAGAGGUACUGUGUCAUAGCCGGCAGCUUUUAGCUCAAGUUGCUCAGCUAAAAAACAGGUGGCCAGAUACCCAGUGCAGAGAGACUACAAAAGCUACCAGGGCAGCAAGCAAAGGCUGGCAGAGCAGGGUGUCUCUGCUCAUGCACUCUCCUUUCCUCCUGCCCCGCAGCAGCAGCAGCUGAAGUGCCCUGUAGUGCCCACCGGCCAUUGGGAAGCUCCCAGGAUCGCUCACUUGCUCACCAGCUCCCCUCUCAACAAAGGGGCUGUCUGUGGCAAAGGCCAGACCCCUCCCAGCCAAGCCUACCUCCCCUGCCAGUGAAGGGGCUGCAGCCUCUCUGUGCCUUCUGCCCCUGCCCAGAGAGCUGCAAAGUGUUUAUGGAAGCCUGUCACGGAGCUUGAAACCAAGCCAGCCAGGAGCCUUCUGCUUCACCCAAAUGCAUCUUAGUGCAUUAAUAAAGAGCAAACAUUGCAGUGUGCUCUGCAUUUUUACUUACAAUCCAGUGCUGCAUUGUCUGGAGAGAAAACAAUACAGCACAGCCCCAUGCUGUCUGGGAGCAGCAAGUUCACAUGCACGCACCAAGCACUGUGUCAUCCAGCCCUUGGGUAGUCCAGCACCACCCUGCACUGAGGGGGUGCAGGCAAAGGAUCAAGAGAUGGGAAAGGCCCAUGUUGCUUUAUUCCCAAGGCACUGUUCUUACACACAGCACAGGACAGUGAAACUCAAGAUCAGAACUGCAAAACACGUGCAAAUCCUUCAGAUUCCUGAAGUCUCAUCAGGAAGGGGUUUGACUCAGAAGGCAGAAGCAGUCACCAUGGCUAGGAACUGCUUGCAGACACUCUCCUCAGAGAUGAGCAUCCAAAACAAAUGUCACAGUCAUUCCCAGCAGCUGCCCCUUUCCAGAGGAAGCUCAGGUAGGGACCAGCCCACAGCCAGCUGAAGGCUCUCCAAAUGGAAACCGAUGUUCUGCAUCCGGUACAAUGUGCUCUCAGGCCAGGACCUACAGCUGGAGCAGCAGAGCUGAACUGAGACACUCAAGAACAAUCAAACCCUUCUCUGGCAAUCAUACAGAACACAGUACUGAAGCUGCAGAGCAGCCUUCUUGAGCUGAAACAUCUUCCCGGCUGUUCUACAUAGCCCAUGUCUUAGGAGCACUCCCCAUUGACGUGAAACUCCCAGUGUUUUCCAUGUUCUCUGUUUGGCCACAAGCAGCCAUGCCUUUUGGCAGGAGCAACCUAACCUCAGUUAGUCAUAUCUUUGUCACCUCUUGGCGAGGCUACAGCUAUGUGAUACACAUGGGCAUGAAGCCCACAGCACUUGGCAAAUGCCAGCUGGACAAGCGCACUGCAGUGGGAGCCCUGACCACCACAAAGGCAUCAAACCCACCCUCUGCCUCUUGGCCCAGGAGGCCAAACCACAGCGUCACUUCUGAUCUUCAAGGCGUUUGAUAGCAUGAACCCAGCAUGGCUAAAAGAUUAGUUAAGACACAAAGGUGGAAACUGCGACCAUCAGAGCCAAUUGCAGCACCCUCUGAGAGCAACAAAACCAGGCAGCUGUGGGACUGGAUCUACCUGUAACAGAGACAGGGUUUCCUCUGAGAACACACUCCUCCCAGACAGUAAAAAGUGAAGUAUGCCUAACCUGCUUUGUAAUUCCCUCAUUCUGCAUAUUCCGUCUCUGAAAAGAUGCAGCUCAAGUUCAUUCUGGGUUUAGUUUGCUUUUACCGCUUCUUCUUUUUAUUUUUUCCCCCCUUUCUUUCUAAUUAAUGUGAAGUAGUAACAUCUGUCUCCUGAGCUCAGGUGAAGUCCUUGGUCUCUCCUCCAGCAGUGAAUCAUCCAGCUGGUGAGACAGUAUGAACUGCAGCUCAGAAUGCUUGGCACCGUCCACAAGAGCUGCUGCUACAUUUCAUCAACAAAAGAAGAGCCCUCCCUCCCAAGGAGACGGUCCUUGCAAGAGGACAGCUUAGGAGGCUGUCCCAGAGAAAGCCUUCCUGUUCCCAGAUUGUCUUCGUGCUGCACUCCGCAGGGAACAAGCCUGAGAUGGAGUGCUGGUUCUUAUUUCCAGUUGCCCAAAGGAAAUAGCUGCAAAUACUUCGGUUUCAUCAUUACUUUAAAGCAUAAGCACUGUCUGUAUUUGUUGCAGGCUACUCACGGUGGAAGGCUUGGAGGGAUGAGAGGCGGUUCACAUCAUUCCCUUUAUUGCUGCGGACCAUGAGCUGGGUUUUCUGCUUUCCUUGGACAUGUAGUGGGAGAGACGGACUGUCUUGGGGAGUGCCAGCGCUGCUGUGCUGUGCCUGCUCCUGGGGGAGGUUAAAAACAGAGAUGGGAAAAGAUGUGGUCUGGUUGGCAGUCACUUACUGGAGGCACAAAGCAGUGAGGCAAAUGGGAACCUCGGGUUGCUACUAUUAAUAAAUGUGGUAAUUUCUCAUGAGCAUCUCAACGCUGACAGCUUCUCUCAGGUUUUCCCACAGCCCCUGCACUGCCAGUGUUAGUGUGUUUCUGACCAGCAAUCCGUAGUGCCGUGUCUUCUUAACCCCUCUUCACAUCCUGCAGUUCUCCGUCUGCGUUUCUCCUCCCCUACAUAUCUAUGUGCCACAUGAUGUGUUUAGCAGGCUCCCUCGGUACGGCUCAUAAGUCACCGGGGUUAAAAUCCACUCCUAUUCUCACAUUAUUUCCUAAUCUCUAAAACACGUCGGUGGAAGAGCUCCAGGCUGACCUUUGGCACCAUAAGCCGGCACGCGGGUCAGCGUUGAAGUGACCCGAGGGAGGAAGCCCGGCCGCAGGACCGCGCAUCUCUCCCUCCGUGCCCGGCGGCGGAGGCACGGCACCCCGCGGCGGGGCCCCCAAAGAGAAGCCGAAGCGUUCCCGGUUCCUCCAUCACCACCACCCAUUCCUGCCCCAUGGAUUUCAACCUGCUGGCGGACGCGGAGGCUCGCAGCCCAGCCCUGUCCCUCUCAGAUUCCGGCACCCCCCAGCACGAGCACAGCUGCAAGGGGCAGGACCAUAGCGAUACCGAGAAGUCCCAACAGAACCAGACAGACGACUCCAACCCCGAGGACGGCUCGCUCAAGAAGAAGCAGCGGAGGCAGCGGACUCACUUCACCAGCCAGCAGCUCCAGGAGCUAGAAGCCACGUUCCAGAGGAACCGCUACCCCGACAUGAGCACCAGGGAGGAGAUCGCGGUCUGGACCAACCUGACAGAGGCACGAGUGCGGGUCUGGUUCAAAAACCGCAGGGCUAAGUGGAGGAAACGGGAGAGGAACCAACAGGCUGAGCUCUGCAAGAACAGCUUUGGAGCCCAGUUCAACGGACUGAUGCAGCCCUACGACGACAUGUAUUCUAGCUAUUCCUACAACAACUGGGCCACCAAAGGGCUCGCCACCAGCCCGCUCUCGGCCAAGAGCUUCCCAUUCUUCAACUCCAUGAACGUCAGCCCCCUCUCCUCCCAGCCCAUGUUCUCCCCACCCAGCUCCAUCGCCUCGAUGACCAUGCCCUCAUCCAUGGUCCCUUCUGCAGUGACGGGCGUCCCGGCCUCCAGCCUCAACAACCUGGGAAACAUCAACAAUCUGAAUAGCCCGAGCCUCAACUCCGCCGUCUCAUCCAGUGCCUGUCCUUAUGCCUCCACAGCCAGCCCCUACAUGUACAGGGACACGUGCAACUCCAGCCUGGCAAGCCUGAGGCUGAAGGCCAAGCAGCACGCCAACUUCACUUACCCAGCGGUGCAGACGGCAGCUUCCAACCUGAGCCCUUGCCAAUACGCUGUGGACAGGCCUGUAUGAAGUGCUGCUCUCUGCUAACUGGGGACUUGACCUUAGCCUGACACAAGGAGACCUUUAGCCCUACAACAGCGUACAUCCUGCAGAGUGAGAGUGGAAGCAAGAGAGAGCAAAAGAGCAUGAGAGAGAGAGAGCACACAGCAAGCAGGCAGAUGGACCUCUAUGAAGAUUUGUCUAACUAUCGUAUGGUGAAUUUUGACUGUCUUUCCCCACCCGACCUCCCUCCCUUCCUGGCCACCAAACACGUACCCUCCCUGUUGGUAAGGAAACCAAAACAGUCUGCUGGAAGCCCCAUGGGGAAGCAGGAGCCCCAGCAGGCAGCAUGCCUAGCUUGUGGGAAGCAGAGCUCAGCAUAUUUUGGCCUGGCCCCUCUAAACCCCCCUCCCUAGCACAGCCAUGUGCCACCACAGCGGGAUGCAGGGAUGGGGUGACAUGAGGCUGCUCUCCAGUGCUUGGCCAACCCCCUCCUUCUCCCCUCCCACAUACAAGGGUUGAUGCAGAACAUCUCAUCCAUUUACUUAUCAGGCAGCCAGUCAUUGUCUUGACUGACUGGCAUCCCUUGAGAGCGCACCUGUAGGCACAGCCUUUCUGGUUUGAAGCCUUUAGGAACUGAGAGUUGUAAGGAUAUAAGAUAUGUGCAUGCAUAUAUACCUUUAUAUAUACAUACACAUAAGCAGACCUAUAUAUUAAAAUAGGCCAUUUUGUUUUGUACAGGAAGUAACCUGUGAAGUAGACCUUAAAAACAAAAACCCCAUAAAGCAAGCACGUCCACUGAGGUGGUGUGCUGCCUGCCAUGCUUCACUGCUCCGCCCAUUUCCAGCCAGACAGGAAUAUCUUUGCCAGUAUACAUCCAAAGCAUCCCCUUCUGCAACAAUCAGCUCCCCCUUGCACAUCUCCAUCCUUUCCUCAAAUCCCAUUUCAAAAAAAGGAAAUAAAAUAAAAGUUGGCACAGUCUCUCUAA